AUGUUAAAAAUGAAUGGGGAAAAAAAGAGAUUUUUUGACGAUGAGCUAGAUUCCUCAGAAGAUGCCAAAGUAAAUUUUGACCAAUCCCUUCAAAAUAGUGAAUCAUUUCUAUUCAGCGAGAAUAGCAUAUCAAAGCAAGAAGAUAAUGACCAGUCAAAUAUCCCUACUAUCGAAAUACCUUCAGAUCCUAAAGAUGAAUUCAUCGCUGACUUAAGAAGUGUCAUACCCGAAAUGUCUCUUCCAGUAGCUGAAGAAUUAUAUGAGAGGUUUCAUAAAUCUGAAGAUAACAUUUCAAACGCUCUCACAUAUUAUUUUGAAAACUAUAAUGAUACUAAUUCACUGAAAACACAAGAGCUGCCAUCAUCACCUUUCUCAUCUAGAAGUUCAACCAGGAACUCAUCUGUUAACUCAUCUUCCCAUGAGGGAAGUCCAGUCACGCAUAAAAGAGGGAAAGGCUAUGGGUUUAGAAGAGAAAAACGCUUAAAAGCUAAUAUUCAAUGGAAGAGGUUUGUCGGUGCCUUACAAGUUACAUGUAUGGCAACGAGACCUACUGUUAGGCCCUUAAAAUAUGGCUCCGAACUAAGCUUCACUAAAUCAGUAUCUAAUUUAUCACCAUCUAAACUAUAUGAUUCUUAUGGAAGAAGGAAAACUAAGAUGUCAAAUUAUGUCAGAGUUUUCGAUUCUCAAUUAAAUAGAGAAAUUGGAAGAGUACCUGAAGAUAUUGCACAAAUUGUGUAUCCAUUGAUAGGAAAAAAUGAAAUAAGUUUUGAGGCCACUUUGAUAUUUUGUGAUAAUAAGCGUUUGAGUAUAGGUGACACUUUCGUAGUUCAAUUAGAUUGUUUUCUUACAUCUGCAAUUUUCGAAGAGAAGAAACCGGAUAAGAAACCUACUACAAAUCAUUCCGCCAAUGAAUGGGGAAAUAGCAGGAAAACAAUUGUAGAGACAGAUGAAGAAUUACAAAAUCGUUCAAGAAUGGUAGCCUUAAUCUCCCUUUUCGAUAAGUUAAAGAUAAACCCGGUUACAGAUGAAAAUGCCAUUUUAGAGAAACUUAAUAGUGGAAUCGAUGACCAAGGAGAAGUUAUAGACUUAGAAGAUGACAAAAGUUUCAAUGAAUUAAUGUCACAAGAUUAUGAAGAACAAGGCAUGACGCAACAUCAUGAAGAUUCUAUGAAUUUGAACCAGCUGAAAACAUUCUAUAAUGCCGCCCAAUCGUUAGAAUCCUUGAAGAAUCUCCCAGAAACUGAACCAUCUAAGGACGUGUUUAAACUGGAUUUAAGACGUUAUCAGAAACAAGGUUUGACUUGGAUGUUAAGAAGAGAACGUGAAUUUGCCAAAGCAGCAUCUGAUGGUAAAGAUCCCGAAAUCGAUGGUAAUUUAAUGAAUCCCCUUUGGAAACAAUUCAAAUGGCCUAAGGAUAUGUCAUGGGCAGCUCAAAAAUUAUCAGGAAGUAGCAUUCUAGUUGAUUCUGAUAUAUUUUUUUAUGCUAAUUUACAUACUGGAGAAUUUUCUGUCAAUAAGCCAGUUUUGAAAACUAUGAUGAAAGGUGGUCUAUUAUCUGAUGAAAUGGGGUUGGGUAAAACUGUUUCUACUUUGUCAUUGAUUCUUACAUGCCCACAUGAUAGCGAUGUUGUCGACAAAACUCUUUUCAAAGAAGACAAUGAUGAUGAGAUCAUUGGUAAAUCGGUUAAAAAACCAUAUGCAUCUAGAACAACAUUGAUUGUUGUUCCAAUGUCAUUAUUAAAUCAAUGGAGUUCAGAAUUUACAAAGGCAAAUAACUCUCCUGAUAUGCGUAGUGAAAUAUAUUAUGGAGGCAAUGUAAGUAGUCUUAAGAAGCUUUUAACAGCUACAGGUAAUCCACCAACAGUAGUUAUAACGACAUAUGGUAUUGUUCAAAGUGAAUGGCUUAAACUGUCGAAGACGAAGAUGAACUCCGGUGAUAUACAAGCAUCGACCGGUUUGUUUUCUGUUGAUUUUUACCGUGUUGUAAUUGAUGAAGGCCACACAAUUAGAAAUAGAACUACUGCCACAUCGAAGGCAAUUAUGGAAUUGACAAGCAAAUGUAGGUGGAUAUUAACAGGUACUCCAAUUAUCAAUAGGUUGGAUGAUUUAUACAGUAUGGUAAAAUUUUUACAGUUAGAACCAUGGUCACAAAUUAGUUAUUGGAAAAUGUUUGUCUCUACACCUUUCGAAAAUAAGAACUUUAGGCAGGCGUUUGAUGUCGUUAAUGCUAUUUUAGAACCCGUCUUAUUGAGGCGUACCAAACAAAUGAAAGAUAUAGAUGGUAAACCAUUAGUCGAACUGCCGCCAAAAGAAAUCGUUGUUGAAAGAAUUAAAUUAAAUAAGACACAAAAUGCAGUCUACAAAUAUUUACUAAAUAGAGCUGAAAGUUCUGUUCAAUCUGGUUUAGCACGUGGUGAUUUACUGAAGAAAUACUCCACAAUUCUGGUACAUAUUCUUAGAUUAAGACAGGUAUGCUGUGAUGUAGCCUUACUAGGUGCUCAAGAUGAAAAUGAUGAAGAUUUGUCCCAAGGCAAUAAGAUAGUAAAUGAUUCUAAAGAACUAGAUGAUUUAAUAGCACAAACAAAUAAAGAAAAUCAAUCUGGCGGAUUCACUGAAGAAGAGUUGGCUAAGGCAAUUGCAGACAUCCAGCAAAAAUAUGAAAAUAGUGAGAAGUUUAGAUCGUUAGAAUGCUCAAUAUGCACGACGGAACCUAUUAAUGUAGAAAACGUUGUUUUUACUGAAUGUGGUCAUCCAUUUUGUGAAAACUGUUUGGAUGAAUAUUUUGCGUUCCAAUCGCAAAAGAAACUGGAUUUCAAUUGCCCUAAUUGUCGUGAAGGCAUAAGUCCCAGUCGUUUGUUGACUCUGUAUAAAGACGAAUCACAAAGUUUAUUAUUGAAACAUUAUGACAAUGAUCCCAAAUCUGCGAAAGUCGGUGCUUUAUUGAACCAUUUGAAAUUACUUCAAGAUACAUCGGCUGGUGAACAAGUUGUUGUAUUUUCCCAAUUCUCAUCUUAUCUUGACAUAUUAGAACGUGAACUUACUGAGGCUCUUCCAGCUGAUUCAUCAAAAGUGUACAAGUUUGAUGGACGUUUAUCGUUAAAAGAACGUAGUGUAGUGCUUCAAGAUUUCCAAGUUAAAGACCUGAGCCGCCAAAAGAUUCUUCUACUUUCUUUAAAGGCCGGUGGUGUCGGUCUAAACCUGACUUGUGCAUCGCAGGCCUAUAUGAUGGAUCCUUGGUGGUCUCCCAGUAUGGAGGAUCAAGCUAUUGACAGAAUCCAUAGAAUUGGACAAACAAAUAAUGUCAAAGUGGUGAGGUUCAUAGUUGAAAAUAGUAUUGAAGAAAAAAUGUUACGUAUUCAAGAAAGGAAAAGAACUAUCGGUGAAGCUAUGGAUGCUGAUGAAGAUGAAAGAAGAAAGAGGAGAAUUGAGGAAAUUAAAAUGUUAUUUGAAUAG